AUGGGCUCCUUUGUCCUCGACUUUUCGGCGUACAAUGCCCUUCUCUCCAGCAACGGCCACAGCACGUCAUACUAUGGAACUGACGAUGCUUACCUCGGCGGUGGAGAUCCGGGGUUGUCUGUCGCGCCGGGGCGUCGGGGCGGCCACCUCAACCACCACCUAAACCAGCAUCACCACCACCAACAGCAACAGCAGCAGCAGCAAGGCGGUCCCUACAACCCUGGCCAGAACGCCUAUCCCCGUCAUCAGAUCAGCAACCGCUACAUUGUGUAUGACCGCAACUCACUCCCCCGCCUCGAAGCCGAAAAGACGUAUCAGGAUCGCCGGAAACAACACAUUGCCAACUUUGGCUCCACGUGGCUCAAGCCGCCUGGCGUGGCCAAGACACUCUUCCAGAUCCGCGAGGAGUGCCGCGAGCAAGAGGAGCAGGCCGAGGCCGAGCGGCGAGAAGAAUUGGCGCAGCAGCUCGCACAGGCGGAAGCAGCCGCUCUGGAUGGUGGAGACGGCACCGCACUGGAGGACGGCGGGGCGGGUGAAGGUGGCGAUCUCACAGGCGACCCUGCUGGGAUGACGGAGCUCAUGGGUGUCGACGGGGACGAUGCCGCGGCUGCUGUCGCUUCCAUGGAGGCGGAUAUGAUGGAUGAGGAUGGCGAGCUGGAUCUAGACAACGAGGUCCCCGACGCCGACGCGGAAGACUUCAGCUUCGGAAACAACGAUGAUGGAGACGACCCGUUCGCCAGCUCUUCUGGCGACGAAGACGAUGAAGAAGAGGAUGAAGACGAUGAGGACGACGAGGGCGACGGCGGCGGGCGGCCAAGGAUCCAUGUCGAAAACGACAAUGGCAACGAGAGCAUAGCUGCAGGUUCUGGUGCUGGUGCAGGUAUCGCCGACCUGAGUCAGGAUGACGCCGAGGCGGAUCCGCCCCAGCACUACACACACGGCAGCAGUCAGCAGCAAGCGCGGCAGGGCGUCUACGUGUCUACACCGGCAGCCGCUGCUAUGACAGCCGAUACACCUGUACGUUCGCUCGAGGAACAGCAUGCGCAGGCACAGGCGCGAGCCGCUGAGCGCCGCGAAAUGCGCCAAAUGCGCGCUGCGGAAGACCGAAUGCGCGCCAUGCGAGCCCAUCCCCGGCUGUCGGGAGUCGGUUUGAGUAUGGGCAUGGGCUUGUAUGGCGAUGAAGACGACCUGGACGAGGAGGACCAGGAACAGAUGCUGCAGGAGGACGACUUGGUGCGCGAAAUGAGCAGCCCUGGUGCUGCCGCGUCGCACCACCGACAACCGCAACAGCAGCGACAGCGCCGCCGCCACCUGCGCACGGAGGACAAUAACAACAACAACAACAUUGCGCGCGGCCAUGCCAACAGCAGCAGCUUCAUCGACGAUCACAUCCACCAGGACAACGACGCCGGGUUUGAGCAGGACGGCGACGACGGGGGGGUCAGUGGCCUCGAGAUGGACGUGGAUGCGGAUCUUGAUGGCGACGACAAUGGUGCCAUGGACCUCAGCGCCUUUGGUGACGGCGGAUACGAGCACACCGACACCGAAGCCGAGCUCAGUAGCAGUGUGGUUGGCGGUGGCGACGAUGACCAUGGCGACGGCCACCUGCCGCACCAAAGUUUCUUGGCGCUGGCUGGCGCCGCGUCCGGCAGCAGCAGCAUGGCCGCUCCUAGAUCGAGCGGUGUUGGCAUGGGCGGCAUGGGGCACGGCCAUAUAUCUGGCGUCACUGCGAGCGGCAACCGCCACCGUCAGCAGUACCGCGGUAGCCUGACGCGAAGCGACCGCAACAGCAUGGAUAUUAGCAGUCUCCUGUCGCAGGAUGGCAGCAGUACCUUUGGAAGCAGUCCACAAGUACGGCGCCUGUAA